CGGCACAGAGCGUACGUGUUGCGUGUUUGCGUCGCGCGAUUCGUUUUGGAGAUUUUUUCUUGGAGUUUUAUUUUCAAGGAGGAAGGACCUUUCCGAAGGGGGCUUCAAGGAGAAGCAAUUUUGUGGCGUUUUAAUUGUGCGUGUACACUUUUUGGAAGCUGGGUUUUCUGUUUUUUUUUGUUUUUCGUACAAGUGAUGAGUGAAGAAUUUUUUUAAUGAGGGAAGAGAAAAAAAACCAACGGUUAGUGAGUGUGGUUUUCUGUGUGUGUCUCUGGAAGAGGUAUGACGGAAAAAUGUUUCAGUGAUGCUUGAUGCUUGAUAACGAUAAUGGUGACAAAAGAGAAUAACAAUAAAAUUUAUUUUCAACGAGAUAAAGGUCGGGUGGAAAUGCGCGGUUGCUGGCACGCAUAAGCGUUGAAAGUAUUUUUGUUUAAAUAAAUGAAGAAAAGAUUGUGAGUGUGGUGUAGCGGUUGCGAAAGUCGAAAUUCCCGAAGGAAUUUGGCCGUUUGCUGGCAAUAGUGAGUGUGGGUUUGUAGGAAGAUAAGGUGCCCGGAUGGAUGCUCGUAAUUAGUGGAAGUUGGCGAAACUGCAUCGGUGAUAAAUGUACUAAUUGCCGCAAUCAAUCUUUGAUUAAGUGGCGAUAGGCCUUUUUGCUGUGAGGGGCGAAACGUCCAAAUAAAACGGGUUUGUCGCUUCGCUCCGCGCAAGUCUCCCCCGAGUGGGAACCCGCUCAUUAGAUGCAAUCUGGCUGACAUUUCGUGCGGUGCGCGCAUUCAUGCGUCGGAGAAGAACCUCCGCAGAAGAAUUCACCGUAAUUGACAACAAUCACAAUAGAGUGUGCCCAACGAGAAGGAGGCCCAGAGAAGCCAGAAAAGGCAAAGUGUCUUGAACGCGCAGUAACGAACCCAGCGUGCGGUCUCGAUUGGUGUGAACUUAUUGUAACCAAAUACCGCAGAACCCUGAAGACCUGAACCUCUGCACAAGUCGUAGCACCUGGUCUCGUGCGAAGAAGUGUUCCGAUUGUGUGCCAAUUGUGAACCCAACGGAUCUCUCUCAGCGAAAUCUUGCCACGGACAAUCUUCCCAAGUGUUUGGCACAGCAAGUGGUACCCCGUCGUAAUUCAGCACGCAGCAUCCCAUAGCUGAGCUGGGUUUCAAGCAGAGGUCUAAGCCCAGAAGAACCUGCCAACCUGUCGGAAAACCCAAAACUAAGACAAAGUCGACCCGUGAUUACGUAAGCGACGAAUCCCUCGUACAGGUUGGCCGAGAAGAAGAUCACAAACAAUUCCGUUUGCCGAGAGACUUCGAACCUUUGAGGCUAAAAAGUUUCCAGUGCCCCUUUUUUCGGUGUGUGCCUGAUUUUUUGUUUGUUUGUUUGUGCCCAGCCCUGUGUUCGUGUCUGUGUGAACCCCUCUCGCGCGUAGAAUCGAAUCCCAAAGCGCAAGGAAGAAACGGCGCACGAAAACAUCCAGCGCGACGACGUGAAGUGACCAUCCAGCUUUGGACCCUCAAGACGAGGAGUAGUGGCGAGGCAGAGAGCCACGAAGGAAUUCGGUUGUAACGCAGCGGGAAACCUGAUUUUUUCGCCGAAGCCCACCGCAUCAAGUGAGAGGAAGAGAGAAAAGGACAGAGUGGCUGGCAGAGCGAAAAAGACGGAGACAGAGAGGGCACAGGAGUGGUAUCACUAUAAUACACAGAGAUUUUGGCAUUAAAGGAUAAAGAUUUGCCCGAAAUUGCUGCCCAUGCCACCAACCCAGCCAAAGACGACAACAUUAUAUAGGUGAAAGCUCCCGGCCCCAAUCAAGAUUGUGGACCCACCGUCAACCAAAGCACUCCUCCAAAAAGCACCUUCCCCAAGCACCAUGCCAAUGCCAAUUCUGGCCAAGACCCAACAGCAGGGACGACGACAGCGGUGAUGAUGCUGGUGGAAAAACCGUUACCCAAAAAUGGCUCCGUCAUGAGUCACGCCAGCAAUGUGACCUCCUCCACGGGCACCACUUCGAGCAGUGGGAGCAGUUCCGGCCACCAUCCGGUGGGGUCCUCGUCCGGCGGAAGCAACCACUGGUCGCUGGGAGGUGGAGGAGGUGGUGGUGGAAGCAGCAGCGGAACCGGAACCACAAUCAGUACCGGAAGUAGUGGGAGUGGGGGAGGUUCGGCGACGAUAAGCAGCACAAACAGCAGUUCAACGGGCGGAACGUCCGCCGGUCGGCACAGCUGGGACCCGGGCAGGAUCGGCGUCGAGCAUCUGGCCGGAGCGCUCAGCCCGCUGUGCAUCACCGACGCCAGCCACGAGAUUGUGCGGCCCAAACCGCGACGACCUUCCGGCGCAAACGGGCACGUCAACUCGCCGUCCAACGGUGGCACCACCACCACCAGCUCCGGUGUCAACAGCUCCAGCGGCAACCUCCAAAAUGGUGGCUCCAACGGACUCUCCCCGGGCAAUCACUACAUUGCCUCCUCGAACCCGGUCUCGUCCGGUCCCCGCAUUCAAAGUCCCGCCGUGGCAACGCCAGCGCCGCGAAUUUCCAAGGAGGUCGCCGUUCGGCCAGGAAUCAACAGCGGUGGACAACAGCAAGAUCCGCGCAACUACAGUCUGUCGCCGGUGCAGAGUCUGCAGCAGAGCGGGGACACGACCGUGUCCAGUACGACAAGCACCAACCACCACCAGCAGUUGUCGUACAACACGUCGGCGAUGAUCCCCGAGCGGGACGUGGGACCGAACAAGUUUGCCAACGGUAACUUGAAGCAGCUGCAGCAUUCCGCUAACCAACACGGACCUCAGCAUCAAUCGGGUGGACCUCAACCAGGGCACCCACAAGGUCCCCAUCGGGCCGUGUCCGGAGUAGCGAAACAAACCGUGCAGAGCUCACCGGUCAAGUCGCAACCGGCCAUGAUCAGCUCUGGGCUGGACAAAACCAACCUCAACAACAGUGCCAACGCGAACAACGCCAAGCAGCGGCUCAACGCUGCCAACGGUGUACUGAACUCGUCGACAUCGUCCACCGAACCGCUGAACAGUAGCAGCAACAGUUCGAGCAACGCCAGCAGCGUUAGCCAUCUGAAGCAACACUUUACCCAAAAUCAUCAUGCCAUGCAGUCAUACCACCACCAGCAGUCCACCCAGCAAAACUCGCUAGGCGGUCCUCCCCAAAAGGGUCUAGGUAUUACGCGAACCCAUCACCACACGGGAACGCACGACUUCCGGGGGCUUCAGCGGGUCAACGAGUGUCACAGCUCGUCCGACGAGAACCGAUCAUCGGGUCACGCUUCCAUGUCCGACACGGGUCACGGCAGUAGCUCCCCCGGUGGUAAUCGAGCGAAUGGACCGCUAGGUCCACUACCGGAAGAUCGUCUGGCGGCCGGAGUGACCAACCGAAGUGCCCGUUCACGGGCCAGCACGAACCACUCCCGGUCUCGUCAUCGGGCAACACCGGCGAAGAUUCCGUGGGGCGGGGGAGGGCUUGAAGACAUCAAGCUAGCUAUUCAGCAGCUGACGAUGCGGUCGCACACCAGUACCUCAACGUACAGCAGUUUAAGUGCCGGGUCGGAGAGUUCCGAACCGGAGCGUCGCUUGGGACGGUACAGUUCGCUGGAAACGGUCAACACUAACGUCACCAGCGCCGAUGAGUUUGUUUGGGUGGACUCGCAUAACCGGCUGGUGGAGUUACAGCAUCCACCGUGGAGUCAGCAUUGCGUUUUGAGAGUUCUACGAUCAGGUCGAUGCCGGGAACACUCGGAGAGGGUUUCGGUGGAAGCCGUUCCCAGGCUGGGUUACCUUCUGCAGCGAGCGUUAGUACGCGUUGCACGGGAAGUUCAACGGCUGUCGGGUAGCAUAGGGUUGUGUUCAAAGCACGAGGUUUCCGGGGCGUUCAAGGUCGUUCUAUCACCAGCUUUGGCGGAUUCCUGCAUCAAAGCAUGUCUUCGAGCGGCCGCCAUGUUUGCGGUUCCUGGUGAUAGCGCACUGAAGCAAAGUAAGUCGGCGAGAGCUGGACUGCAGUUACCCGUGGGAAGAUUCCAUCGUUGGAUGGCUGACGCAAGGUUGGGUAGAUUCGUCCAUGAGUACGCCGCGGUUUAUUUGUGUGCAGGGUUGGAAAAUCUGCUGGAGGAAAUUUUCCUACAGUGUUUACCAACGGAUCCUACGGCUACGCUGACGUCCAGCGGCUUGGAACAUGCAAUCGCUGGAUCGGGUGAUCUGUGGGGACUGUUGCAACCAUACGCACACCUGAAUGCAGGUCGUGUCGCGUCCGGAGCACUCACCAUGCCACGUUGGGCUAGUCAAUCGUCGAUAAACUCAAACUCCCAAAGUCCUGCCCUGGAGCCGUGUCUGCUGACAACCUGUGUGGGAAGCCUGCACGAGCUGAAAGACCUCGUUAGUCGCGCCCAGCAGCGAAGUGGGCACAUUACAAUGUCCCAAGCGGCCCUCCGGGUGUUGUUCUACUUUAUGCGCUGCUCACAGCUGGAGCACAACGACAUCGGAGUCGCUACCAACGGUGGCGGUACCAACAUCCAGGAGCUGUGUUACGAACGGGCUUACGUUGUGCUACCUCCACUGAUUGAGUGGCUGCGGGUUUCGUCGGCUCAUGCCGAGUAUCGGCACGCCCUGCUGAUCGACAAAGACGACAUUAUGCAGGCAGCCCGUCUGCUGCUACCCGGCGUUGACUGUCCUCCGCGGAUGAUCAUGUCCGAAGAAGAGUUACCCUCGAAGAGACUUACCCUGUCCAGCCAAAGCAUAGCUUCGUCGAACCACUCCGGUCAGACACAACCGCUGCACGGUUCACUGUCAUCUAACUCGUCCACGUCAACCACCACCAGCAGUAUUGAGGACUCCAGCGAGUGCGGACGACGAGCGACGUACGCGCUAGCGUUCCGUUUGAUGCUUACAGGUCGUGCCGAACUCCUGAUCCAGGCCCUGUCCCUGAUCCCACCAACGACGCGCUACGACACCCUGAACCACCAGGGUCUAACGGCACUGAUGAUCGCCUCGGUUCGUAACGAUGAGGCGGCCAUCCAGACGCUGCUGGAUGCCGGCGCCGAUCCAAACAUCGAAGUCCCCUCCGUAACGCAUCCCAACUGUCCGGCGAUUCACCCCGAAACGCAACACUGGACGGCGGUUACGUUCGCGGCCUGCAAGGGCAACUACCAGGCACUGCGGAUAUUGCUGGAACGAGGUGCUCACGUUGAGGGCGGCGCCCGGUUGAGCGAGGACAAGUGUACGCUAACGCCGCUGCAGGUUGCCAGUGGAGGAGGGGUCGUCGAAGUCGUGUCGCUGCUACUAGCGCACGGAGCCCACGCGUUCCUGUCUACUCAGCUGAAGGAUUCGCUGUGCUUCUCGGGAAGUGCGCAGCGAGGUUGCUACAGUGCAAUCUCCGUGGCAGCCGCCCACGGUCAACGGGUAUCGCUGCGGAAGCUACUGUCCCAUCCACUUGCCCCCGGCAGCCGGGAAGUGCUCUCGCUGGAGGAAAUGCUCGCCGAAGGGGACAGCACCAGCCGCAGCCAGCUGGAACGAAGCCAAUCGGAAGCUCCACCGACGUUGAACAAAACGCAGAUCAAAAGUCUUCAAGAGGCCAUGUACCAUAGCGCAGAGAAUAACCAUCUAGAUAUAACCAUUGAGCUACGCGCGUUGGGAGUUCCGUGGACACUGCACUGUUGGAUGCACGCCCUGGCCGCGGCCCACGAGCUGCGGCUGGACGCCGUCAUCGACCAGCUGCUGCAGGACUUUUUGCAGGUCUGUCCGGACGACUACAGCCAGCAGUUUGUGACCGAGUGUCUGCCGUUGCUGUUUAACAUUUUCCGCUACAGCAAGAAGGAAGGAACCACGCUGUUGCUGGCAGACAUCUUUAGCACGUGCUUCGGCUGGGAACCGAUCAAGCAGAUCAAGGAACCGGUGCUGCAACCGUCCAACGGGUCCCGCAUCGACCCCAAGUUUGUCAACAAUCCCGAGCUGAGCGAUGUGACGUUCAGAGUCGAAAACCGCAUCUUCUACGGGCACAAGAUCGUGCUGGUGACCGCAUCGCCCCGUUUGCAGAGUAUGCUUAGCUCCAAGCUGAACGAGGGCACGGGCACACCAACCGUUCAAAUCAACGACAUCCGCUACCAUAUAUUCGAGUUGGUGAUGCAAUUCUUGUAUAGUGGAGGCUGCAACUCGCUGGACGUGGCCACCGGCGACGUCCUCGAGUUGAUGGCCGCAGCCAGCUUCUUCCAGCUGGAAGGGCUCCUCCGGUACACCGAAGCCCGGUGCGCCGAAAUGAUCGACAUCGACAACGUGGUGGCCAUGUACAUCCACGCUAAGGUCUACAACGCCCAAAAGCUGAUGGAGUACUGCCAGGGUUUCCUGCUGCAGAACAUGGUCGCCCUGCUAACGUACGACGAUUCCGUCAAGCGGCUGCUGUUUGCGAAGAAGAUUCCCAACCACGACGUUCUGAACGGACUGCUUGCGACGCUGCAGGCACGGAUUAAAGCACGGCGAAAUGCAUCCCAGGCCAGCGGCGGAGGCGGCGGGGGCGCCGCCAAUCCUAUGAGACCGGCGUCGAGCAACAAGGCGAAAUGAAACGCAUAGUUGACUAUUUUUUUGUAUUUUAUUUUAAAUUGUAUUUUUAUUAUUUUUAACCUCCGUUUUUAAUCCUGUACCGCUCAAUGAAAUAUCGUUGUACAUGCACGACUUUUAGUUGCUUAGCCAUACAGUAGUACGCUCUGGUAAAUAUUUAUAUCGCAUAAAUAAAAUUAAAAAAAAACUUAUGUACAUUUUUGUUAUAAAAUAACACCCAUUACUUUUGCUUGUAAAUGAUUGAAGCGGGAGGCAUACAAAGGCGAGCCAACAACGAACGUUGCUGUAUUAAGAAGGCUUAGUUUAAGAAUAUUUUACAAACUACGGAACAGUUUUAUCUUUGGAAUCUAUCGUAACACCCUAAAAUAUACGCUAUUAUUCACACAGUUUUGUUCUGAACGCGAGUUUUAUUAGCACCAAUAGGAGGAAAGAAAAUUGCCAAAUAAUU